AUGACUACAUUUGCGGAUAUCAAGCUUUGGAUUUAUUUAAUUGGCGCUGCUGGCGUGUUCGUUUACUUCCAGUCCCAGAAAGGUCUCAAGCUCAAUGCACAGGUGAAGGCCAAAAAUGCCAAUAAGAAAAGACCAAACGAAAACCGUAAACAUGGUACUUGGGUUCCUGAAGACUUCAAAACACCAGUUCCUCCUUCUUAUCCAAAUUGGGACUAUGAAAAGACAAAGCCUUUGCCAUAUAGAGCCUUCAGGAACAAGUACAACAUCACUAUGGGGAUCCGUAACAUGGAAUGGGAUUCAUGGAUCGAGCUCGACAGAGAAUGGCCUAAGUUUCAUGAUGCUAAAGUAAAGAGACUCGAAGAGAGGAGUACUGAGCUCUACGAUACCAAACCCGAAGCCCAGGCUGCAGUUUUCGAGCUUUUAGAGGAGUUCUGGACCUACUUGCCAAACAGGUAUCCAUCACUUUUUGAGCAGCUUCCAAAGGGUCUUAAGAAUGUUAAGACUGGUGAAGAGUUCAUCUUUAGAGGUUGCAAAGUAAAUGACAUGGCUGAAGAUCCAAUGGUAAUGGCUGCGAAAAUGGUCCAAGACGACUUAGCCAUCAUGAUGGAAGGCCCUACAGGCGAGUACUUCUUGAAGGCAGGAGCAAUCAUUUUGCCUGGCUUCUGGAGAUUCAGAGAUAAGUUUGGUCUUUCAUUGAACGAAAUUCACACCACAGGCGAUGUGCCUCAGUACAAGCAGAAGUUGCAAAGCGGCAUGAGCAAAUUCUUCACCCGUCUUACGUGUGACAAGCCCGUGGUUAGAAACAACUAUUUCAUUCAGCUUGAUGAUGUUCUAGGCUGGUCUAAAUCUAUUGGUAACGAAGAUUCUGAUACUGUUGGUUGGUAUACCGCAGACAAGGCAACCUCCCCAGAACAGUUAUACUACCGAUCAGAAAGACAAAGUUUGAGAAGGCUCCCUAAAAGCGGAGCGGUAGUGUUCACGAUCCGGACGUAUUUUGCCCCUAUUCCAGAAAUCUGUAAAGAACCAUACAUUCCCAGAAGGCUUUUGGAAGGUAUCGAGAGCUGGAGUGAUGAUGUUAGAGAGUACCGCGGGUACGAGAAGUUCAAGGAUGUGAUUUUACCAUACUUAGCAAAACAAGCACAAGAGCAAGAGAAACAAGGCUAUGUUCCAGGCACAGAGCCAUCGGUCUACCCAUUUUAA